AUGGACAUGGACUCAGUCUGGGUAUCCCUCCCAAAACCAAGCAGCGACGGAUCAGAAUCAAUGGCAGACAGAAUUCGCAGAGUGCAAGCAGAUCUCGGUGAAAUCAACACCUUUUACAACAUUUCCAUAUCACCCACACGACGGAACCGCCUGGACAAAUUCUACAACGACGAGCUGGCGUCUCUAGGUCAAACCGACUUUGACGCCUUGAACCAACAGGACAGAGUGGACUACAUUCUUUUACGCAACUUUUUGCGCCAACACAAGGCACAGCUCACAUCUGAACGAGAUGCAGACAAGGACAUGGCGCCGUUGUUGCCAUUCGCAGCCGUCAUUGUGUCCCUAUGCGAGCACCGGGAACGUGUGAAGCCAAUUCAGCCGGAGCACAUUGCCAGCAAACUCGACCAUGUAAACAACUUGGUUGCCAAGGUACACGAGGACGCUGACAAUGGAAAGAUUAAAGUCAGUAAAACGACUGCGUACAAAGCGUCCAAGGUCGUCCGUGAGCUUCGCAGGCAUCUCGCCGAGAUGUUUCGGUUUUACUCAUCCUACGACGCGCAAUUCGACUGGUGGGUUACCACGCCGUGGAAAAUAGCUGAUGCUGCUCUGGAAAAGUAUCUCCAGCUUAUCCAGAGCAAGUUGGCGGGUAUGCGUCCCGACGGCAACGGCGACAUCAUCGGGCAGCCCAUCGGACGUGACGCCCUCCUCCACGAACUGGAGGCAGAAGUCAUCGCCUACACACCCGAAGAAUUGGUACAAAUCGCCAACGAGCAGUUCAAAUGGUGCGAGCAGCAGAUGAGAGUAGCGUCCACGGAGCUCGGAUUCGGCGACGAUUGGAAAAAGGCCCUGGAAUAUGUCAAGACCAAGUUCGUGCCGCCUAGCGAACAGCCUCAACUUGUCAUGCAGCUCGCUCGCCAAGGAGCAGACUUUGUUCGCUCCAAUAAUUUAGUCACUGUUCCUCCCUUGGCUGAAGAAACUUACCGCACCAUCAUGAUGCCAGCUGAGCAGCAAAAGGUAUCGCCUUUCUUCCUUGGCGGGCCGAUGAUUCAAAUAGCCUAUCCGACGAGAGACAUGCCCUACGACCUCAAGCAAAUGGUUAUGCGCGGAAACAACAAACACUUCUCCAAGGCUACUGUGUUCCAUGAGCUCAUCCCCGGCCACCGCCUGCAGAUAUACCAAGCGGAGCGUCAUCGCAGCCAUCGCCAGAUGUUCCAGACGCCCUUUUUCAUAGAAGGCUGGGCCAUGUACUGGGAAUUUGUGUUCUGGCAACGCGGCGACUUCUUCGUCUCGCCUGAGGACCGAAUAGGAACCAUGUUCUGGCGCAUGCACCGCUGUGCUCGCAUCAUCUUAUCGCUAAACUUCCACCUGGGUAAGAUGCAGCCCCAGGAGUGUAUUGACAUCCUUGUGAAUUGGGUUGGGCAUGAGCGGUCCACGGCUGAGGGUGAAGUGAGGCGCUGGCUGAAUGGGGACUAUGGUCCCUUGUACCAAAUUGCGUAUAUGAUUGGGGCGCUGCAGCUGGUUGAGUUGAGAAAGGAGGUGCUUCGGUCGAAAAGGAUGACGGAGAAGGAGUUCCAUGAUAGGAUUCUUACGUAUGGGGCUAUUCCGAAUGAACUCGUGAGGGCUUUGGCGCUGGAUUUGGAUUUGAAGCCGGAUUAUAAGGCUAAGUGGAGGUUUUACAAGGGGUGA